UUGUCCAUAUUUGGAAGUUGGUUGAAGGAAAGGAGCCGCAACACACGCACGACGCUAGAACAACAACAAAGCCAUCGUUUUCUCGAAACUUCGCUAAAAUUUUGCUAUUUUUCCGGCUUGAGGAGGAUUUUAACUUGAUCAGGGCGAUUUGCCCACAUUCUUUAAGACCUAAACCUACCGGUGAGCCAAUAUGAUCAUUCCUGUGAGGUGUUUUACCUGUGGCAAGGUGAUCGGUAACAAGUGGGAAAACUAUCUUGGCCUCUUGCAAGCGGAAUACACUGAAGGAGAUGCUUUGGAUUCGUUGAAAUUGAAGAGGUACUGCUGCCGAAGAAUGCUCCUGGCUCACGUGGAUUUGAUUGAAAAACUUCUCAAUUAUGCUCCUCUUGAAAAAUCUUAAGUCCGAUAGAUAUUUAAUCCAUGCUUAAAUUAAGAAAUAAAAAUUAAAUGGUAGCUAACUGAAAAGGGGUAUUUCAUAGUCCAAACCCUGAUUAAUAUUUAGGAAAAUGUCAUUUAAAUUUAUUACCAUUAUAGCAAAAAGUUUUUAUAAACAAAUGAUACACGCAAGUCCAGGUUCAAGAAAUAACUUUAUUUCAAUAAAUCUGCAAUACACAUGAACAUGAUAAGCUUCACGAUUUAUGGAUACAGUAUAAACGAGUUUUAGUUUAGUUUUCUUGUUAUGGUCACUACCAUGGAAAACAUUUUAAGCAAAUAAUUGCUUGCAAAUCGCUGAUCUUCACACACAAAAUAAUACGGCUUUGUAUAGCCAGAAUUGUUAUUAAUAUUAAAUUUGUUA